GGUGGGGGAAGUGAUAGAGAGAGAGAGCGGGCGAGCGAGGGAGAGAGAGAGAGGCAGGCUGUGAGUGGCUGGUCGGUGUGAGCAGCAGCAGCAGCUCGCAUGUGUGAACAGACGGCGGCCCGAGCCUCCUCCUCCGGUCUCAUCUUCCGUCUCUUUUCUUUUCCUCCAUUCAUUUCCAUCCAGCGUCUCUUCUCCUGCUCGCUCUCCCCCUGCUCCCCGGCAGACGGCCCGGAGAGAUGUCCGCCAGACCAGGCUUCUACCGGCAGGAGCUCAACAAGACCGUGUGGGAGGUUCCGGAGCGAUUCCAGAACCUGACGCCGGUGGGCUCCGGAGCCUAUGGAUCUGUGUGUUCGGCCUACGAUGUGGUCUUAAGGCAGAAGGUUGCGGUGAAGAAGCUGUCCCGGCCGUUUCAGUCUCUGAUCCACAGCCGCCGCUCGUACCGGGAACUCCGGCUGCUCAAGCACAUGAAACACGAGAACGUAAUCGGGCUGCUGGACGUCUUCUCACCUGCUGCAACAUUAGAAGACUUCAAUGAGCUCUACCUGGUGACUAAUCUGAUGGGCGCCGACCUCAAUAACAUCGUUAAAUUUCAGCGGCUGUCAGACGAGCACGUGCAGUUCUUAAUUUAUCAGCUCCUCCGCGGCCUGAAGUACAUCCAUUCAGCCGGAUUGAUCCACAGAGACCUCAAGCCAAGUAAUGUGGCAGUGAAUGAGGACUGCGAGCUGCGGAUUCUGGAUUUUGGACUGGCCAGGCAGACGGAUGACGAGAUGACAGGCUACGUAGCGACUCGCUGGUAUCGAGCGCCGGAGAUCAUGCUGAACUGGAUGCACUACAAUCAGAAUGUUGAUAUUUGGUCAGUGGGAUGCAUCAUGGGAGAGCUCCUGAAGGGGAAAGUCCUCUUUCCUGGCACUGACUAUAUUGACCAGCUGAAGCGAAUCAUGGAGGUGGUCGGGACUCCCACGCCUGACCUGUUGCAGAAGAUCUGCUCUGAACACGCGCAGAAGUACAUCCAGUCUCUGCCCUUCAUGCCCCAGCAGGACCUGGAAAAGAUCUUUAGAGGAGCCAAUCCACUAGCCGUCGAUCUUAUGAAGCGUAUGCUGGUUCUGGACUGCGACGGGAGGAUCUCGGCCAGCGAGGCUCUGUCCCACCCGUACUUCUCCCAGUACCACGAUCCGGACGACGAGCCGGAGGCGCCGCCUUACGAUCAAACGCUGGAGAGCAAAGACCGGACUCUGGAAGAAUGGAAAGAGUUGGUAUUCGAGGAGGUGAGCAGCUUCAAAGCAUCCGGCAUCCAAACCGACAGCCUUCAGGUGGAGCAGUAAGCCCCCCCC